UUGAUGGUCUACGCGAUGUCCUAAAAUCAUUUUGUGGAAAAUUUGAAGUUUGUUGUUAUUAGUGACAACCUAUUCAUAAUUAAUUUAUGAAAGCUUCGCGAUAAUUACUAUUCCAGGCGCUAGGCAAGAUUAUUUGGCCGUGGUCAGCCUGGAAGCGUUCGGUCGCUAUUAUACAGUUCGAGCGGUGUACGGUAGCCAUCUUGGAAUCGAACAAAGCUUCAGAUGUGUAGUUUGUCUGUUUAUCAAUAAUUUUUGUGCAUUUUAUUGUAAAUAGUUUGUAUGUUUAGGAUAUGUACGGAACGUUCGUCCACAUGUGUAAAUAGCUAUGGCUGCGACAAGAAAAUUACAAGGUGAAAUAGACAGGUGUUUAAAAAAGGUAACGGAAGGCGUGGAGACGUUUGAGGACAUUUGGCAGAAGGUGCACAAUGCGACCAACAGCAACCAGAAGGAGAAGUAUGAGGCGGACCUUAAGAAGGAGAUCAAGAAGCUCCAGAGGCUACGGGACCAGAUCAAGUCCUGGAUCGCCUCCGGGGAGAUUAAGGAUAAGAGUACACUUUUAGAAUAUAGGAAACUAAUAGAAACGCAAAUGGAAAGGUUCAAAGUGGUAGAACGAGAGACGAAGACGAAGGCGUACUCCAAAGAAGGACUAGGGGCGGCACAGAAGUUGGACCCCGCGCAAAAGGAGCGAGAAGAGAUGUCUUCGUGGCUUGUAUCUUCCAUUGACGCGCUUAAUUUACAGGUUGAUCAAUUUGAGUCUGAAGUAGAGUCACUGUUAGUUGGUAAGAAGAAACGGCUCGACAAAGAGAAGCAGGAUCGCAUGGAGGAACUUAAACUUAAGUUGGAGAAGCACAGGUUCCACAUAAAGAAGCUCGAAACACUAUUGCGCAUGCUCGACAACAUGUCCGUUGAGGUCGAACAGUGCGAAUGUACUUGGCAGAUAAAGAGAAUAAAAGAGGACGUGGAGUACUACAUAGACUCGUCACUAGAGCCUGGGUUCGAGGAGAAUGAUUACAUCUACGACGACAUAAGCGGGCUGGCGGAGAUUGAGCUGAGCGGCGUCGGGCUGCCCUCCUCGGCGACCACGGACAGUAACAACAGCAACGACUCUGCUGGAUCACCCACAAGCAUACUCUCAGGUACAAGUCCCAUAACGUCGCCAGGCCUAGAGAUCCAGAACCACUCCACAGACUCCAUAGACGUCGAGAAGAAGAAGAAAGAAGAAGUCAUAGCGAAAUGUGUGUUUGACCCCCAGCCCGUGAAGCCGCUGCCCGUGCGCGCAGUGAAUGCGGGCGCGGUCAGUAACAGCGCGCCCAACGUCAGUUCCUUGCUCAACAACUCACAACCUUCUACCAAUAGUAUAAACAACUCCGUGGUGUCGGGCGCGUCGACGCCCAGCAAGCCGGGCGCCGCGUCGCCGCCCCACGUGCCCCACGUGACCCACACGCCCCAUGCGACGCAUGCGCCGCAUGUGACGCACGUGACGCACACGCCGCACGCGCAUCUCCCGCCGCACAACGCGCACAAGCCCAACGCGACGGAAGCAGUGGAGAAUGGCCCGGCGUGCGGCGCGGCGCACCCCGCGCACCCCGCACACCCCGCGCCGCACGCGCCGCCCACGCAGCCGCCGCCGACGUCGAAGAGUUCGUCGGUGGGCGGCGGGCCGGCCGCAGCCAGCGAGGCCGCGUCCCCGCUCACCGUCAACGGGCCCUCGCAGCCCGCGCCGCACCACACGCCCGUACAUACCGUCAACAACGGGCGCGCCAGCGACGCCAGCAGCGCCGCGUGCGGGUCUCCGCCCGCCGCCGCGCCCGCCACCGCCUCGCUCAAGAGCAUGGCGCAGGAGGCCGUGCAGCGGGCCGGCCUCGACCAGCACCACGGACAGAACGCACGACGAGGGGUAGCGACGGCGCAGGCGCACAUUCCUCCGUUACUCGGCGUCGCGCCGCUCGGACCCUUACCGUUAAGUUCACAGGAGCACCAGCUGCAGUUCCAGAUGAUGGAGGCGUCGUUCUACCACAUGCCGCACCCCUCCGACUCGGAGCGCACGCGCGUCUACCUCCCACGGAACAUCUGCCAGACGCCGCUAUACUACAACCAGGUGCUGCUUCCGCACUCGGACUCGGUGGAAUUCUUCCAGCGGUUGUCUACGGAGACGCUGUUCUUCGUCUUCUACUACAUGGAGGGGACGAAGGCGCAGUACCUCGCCGCCAAGGCGCUCAAGAAGCAGAGCUGGCGGUUCCACACCAAGUACAUGAUGUGGUUCCAGCGACACGAGGAGCCAAAGGUCAUCAACGAGGAGUAUGAACAGGGCACAUACAUCUACUUCGACUACGAGAAGUGGGGCCAGCGGAAAAAGGAGGGCUUCACCUUCGAGUAUAAGUACUUAGAAGACCGGGACUUGAACUGAGCGGAUAGUGUAGUGACGCGCCGCGCGCCGCGGCCGGACUGUGUCAGUGACUCGUGCAAUGGUUUUGGACUCAGUGAUCAGUGCUUUACACAGUGCAGUGUAUGAAGGAAUUGUGCAGUACAUAGCGCCGGCCCGGCCGCCGUGCGCCGCGGUCUGCUGUGUGGAACGCCCGCGCCCGCCUCGCCGCCGCCGCCGCCCUCCGACACUGUGAUUGUGUUACUUCGCAUCAAUUCCACUUGACAGUAUUUUAAAUGAACAAUCGGUUCAGUCUUCUGUGAUGUGAAUAAAAGUUUUAAAUCAGACGACUCAUCAAGCAUCAUUUAUACUUUGUGUACCGCAGCUGGCAGUAGUAUUAUUGUUGAGAAUCGAAUGUUUAUCGAACGGCAUGGAAACGAAACGCGAAUAUGUCAUGUGAUGCAUUACUAAUAUAUUUUGGUUGACAAGUUAACAUUGGGCCAUGAAUAAAUCAAUAGUUGUUUGUUAAAGUUUAAACGCCAUGAGACACCCGUCGUUGGUGGUGUCUGUAGCACACUAUGUAAUGUACUUAGCGCCUCUUAUGAUAACUUGUCAACCAUGUUCAACCGCGAGCCGGUUGAUAUAAAAAGCCAAUGUGAUAUUGAUAUAAGACGUGUGGGCUGUCUUCGGAUAUGCGAUGUGUUCACACCUGCCACUGAGAAUUUAUUCCUUUCCUGAUUCUAUUGAAUGGAAAGUGGUUGAUCUGAAGUCAUCGCAAGUGACCCGUACAACACACAGUGCCCGUAUGCAGGAUUGCUAUGAAGGAGUGGUCUAUUUCUCAUUUAUUUUGUAUCCUAACUAAGCAGCAAUAAGUAGAUUUGUAACGCUAGAAAGCAUUAUUUUGGAGGAGGUGUAAAUAAAGUUCAAUUUAGAACAUACCCUUGCUGUGUGUUGUGAGGGUCACUCCCUCUAAACAUCUUCCUGUUUGAACACUGCACUGUCUUAAAAAUCAUACAAUUAAAUAUGUAGAUCUCCGGUAUAUUAAGUGUCUUGCUCAUGGACAUCACUAGAUAAACAUCACAGUUUAUUUUUAGGUCUAGAUUGAAAAGUUUGACACUAGUUUUGAUUUUAUCGCCAAAAUUGUGUUCAAAAUAUCACGGCUCCUUCCAGUGUAGUGUUUAAACGUUAAAUUUUAUACUAGUCUUAGUAUCUCAGCCUACUAACGUAAGUGCAAGUCACAAUCUAUUGAACCCAUCUGAAGGCAACCCGGACAUUUGUUUUAAACUUUUGUAUAGUGAGCAUCGACAUAGGAGUUAUUUUAAGCUAGCUCUCAUGUACUACAGUUCAGUGCGAACCAUAUUCAAUCGUAUCUAAUAAUUUUGCUUAUUCCAAACUGCAGUUUGAUAUGGAAACAUGUUCUGUGCACAUGUUUCUAUAAAAAACUUUGUUUUCAUAACGCAAGAUUGGAGUUCGAUUAAAUGUGGUUCGUUCUUCAGUUCGACUGCAAAGUACAACCUAUCUCUAAGAACAGUUGGUCUCAGCUAGGUUAAGUAAGCCUCGAGUGUUGGCCUAGCAGUGUGGACGAGCCAAUAUUCCUAAGAGAACACGGUUAUAGGUGGCCAGACGCGGGCCCUCCCGGGAGCGAAGGGACUAUAUGAGGGUGUAGGUGACCCCUACCUCCAAUGUAGCCCUUUCACUCUAUUGUUGUGUUAAUUGUUGCAGAGCUCGCGUUUGGUCACCCAUAAUAGUUUGUGGUAGAGCAAAUGUGUGGUAUGUGUAAGCUAACAGCAGCCACAACGAGGAUCUCCAGUGUCGGAAUUUCGUUAGCUUAGUAAAAAUAAUACGCUCUUUCACCUCAGUUAUGUUAAUUUGUACCAAUCACUACAUAAUUGUGCAU